UGCUAUUGUAGGCAGAGUUAGUUUAUACACAUGAUGAUUAGUGCAGCAGACAAGCAAAUGAAUUUACAUACUAGAGUCCAUUCAUGUGUUGCAAUAAGGCUGCCAUUUGUGGGCUUCUAAAUGAGCGUUGCAAAAACCAGAAGGAAGUCGAAUUUGCUGCCUAAGUUACGUGGAUCUGCUUUACAAUCAUCAGCGUUACUAGUGCUGUUACAUCGAUAUAGCGAGAGCCCUGUUCUGUACUGAGCUGAGAGAGGUCGGGACCUGUGUACUGAACCUGUGACCAUCAUCAGAUAAUGUAUCAUCCAAGUCCCACUGGGCCCCAGCCUGGACCGCCCCCUGGAAGUGCCCCACCCACUGCCACGCCUACUGUCUCCAAUCAUCCUGCCGGUGGUGCCAGUUUCAAGUUCACUGUAGUGGAAGCUUUGGACAGAAUUAAAGAUGAGCUUGGAUACCUUCAAGCACAAAACCAAUCUCUGAAACGGGAGCUGGAGAAAGUUAGCAAUGAGAAGGGAGAGAUACAGAGACACUACAUUAUGUACUACGAGAUGUCCUAUGGUCUCAAUGUGGAAAUGCACAAACAGACAGAGAUUGCUAAGAGGCUGAAUGCAAUCUCAGCUCAGGUGAUCCCGUUCCUCUCCCAGGAGCAUCAACAACAGGUGGCGGCUGCCGUGGAGAGGGCCAAGCAGGUCACCACCACCGAGCUACACGCCAUCAUCGGGAUGAACCAGCAGCAUUUUCCCAGUGGUGUGAUGCCCCCCUUUGCCCCUCCCUCUGCUGCCGGGGGUUCAGGAGGUGGUCACCCACUAGCCCCGCCCCAUUUUAAUCCCGCCAUCCUCAAUGCAGUCUACCAACAACACCAGCAGAUGAUGAACUCGGCUAGUAAUGGAGGUAGCAAAGAAGAAAGAAGAAAUGAGGAUCAAGAAUCUAGCCCUGCUGCUGACAAACGUACCAAUGGCGACCACGCCCACCCAUCGUUCCACGGAGCUCCCAAGAGAAAACGAGAGGAGGACAGUGACGGAGAGAGGAGUGACUCUGAGCUACAGGUGGUGGUUGAUGAUCCCGACUCUCCUGAGCCAGAAUCCCCCGUGUAUGACCAUCCCCACCACAAGAGAGAGAGGCAGUCAACACCAAGCUCCACUAAGAGUGAUAAAGGUCUGACUCGUUCAGGCUCAGUGGGUCCCAGUCCGUCCACUUCCUCUACUAGCGGACAUUUAGGAGUUGUGGCCUCCAAUGGACCCGUCCACCCGCCACCUUCCUCGUCACCCAAUGUCCUCCGCCCACACAUUGGAAUGGCUGCCCACAUCCACCCGUCUCUGCGUCCCCCGUUCCCCACCACUCCCUUCAUCCCUCCCCAUCCCUUCCAGCAAGUCGACAUGGCCAACCUACACUUCCAAGGACCCAAACCACACCUACCCAUAGGAGGUCUCCCCAAUGGCCGCCCUGCACUGAUGCCACCUGGCCUCCCUCCCACGGAGAUGUCCAGACCUGCCCUCAAACCGCACUACUCGGUGCAGAUAGGAGCUGACGGUAAAGUACAGCCGGUGACCUUUCCCUCUGAUGCAUCUGCAGGUCCCGGACUACCUAAGAACAUUCGCAGCGUUUGCACUCUUUUACACAACGAGGUCGUCUGCGCCGUUGCCAUUAGCAACCCGGUUCGACAUAUAUACACAGGGGGGAAGGGGUGUGUCAAAGUGUGGGAUCUCCAGCUGACUCAAACAGGGGGUAUACUCAAGACACCACUCUAUACACUGGAUUGCCUCGGGGACAAUUACAUUCGGUCGUGCAAGUUGCUUCCUGAUGGCAGGACUUUGAUUGUGGGCGGAGAGACUAACACGCUCUACCUCUGGGACCUGGCUGCUCCUGGCACUCCUCAGAUACGAGCACAGCUACCCUCCAACGCCACUGCCUGUUAUGCCCUCGCCGUGGACACAGAGGGAAAGAACUGCUACAGUUGCUGUAGUGAUGGGAGCAUUGCCGUGUGGGACCUACACAACAAGACCCAGGUGCGGCAGUUUCAGGGGCACACGGACGGAGCCAGCUGUAUCGACAUCUCACCUGAUGGUACUAAACUAUGGACAGGGAGUCUUGACAACACAGUGCGCUGCUGGGACCUCAGAGAGAAUCGUCAGGUGCACCAGUACGACUUCAAUUCUCAGAUCUUCUCCCUUGGUUACUGUCCUUCACCAGGAGAAUGGCUAGCAGUGGGAAUGGAGAGCAGCAAUGUGGAGGUGCUCCACGUGAUGGGCCCUGAGAAGUACCAGCUGCACCUGCAUGACUCGUGUGUGCUCUCACUCAAAUUUGCCCACACUGGAAAGUGGUUCAUCACGACUGGCAAAGACAACCUGCUCAAUGCUUGGAGAACACCAUACGGGGCGAGCAUAUUCCAGAUGAGUGAGUCCAGUUCUGUGCUGAGUUGUGAUAUCUCUCGAGAUGACAAGGUCAUAGUCACUGGCUCGGGAGACAAGAAAGCCACCGUUUAUGACAUCCUUUUUUAGGUUCCUGAUCUACUAAAUUCUUUCUUCUCCUAUAUAUCAAUGAACGCUCCUAUAGUGCUAGUGACUGAGGGUGGUAGACUGUUAGUGUGUCCAUGUUUCUGCUACCCUGUACAUGUUUGUUAGCUCCUCAUGCACUCUGUAUCCCUCUCAUCAUCUUCUGUUCUAAUGUUUAUUAUGACUAUUA